AUGUUCCCCCGUCCCGCCCUCGUCCUCACGGCCGUCCUCCUCGGCACCUCCCCGCUCGCCGCGGCCGAGGCCAAGCAGGGGGCGGCCAUGAUGCACGAGAUGGCGCCCGCGUCCACCACCAUCGUGCUCACCCGGGGCGUCCAUACGACCGUCGUGAUGCCCCUGCCCACGGACGGGGAGCCGGAGGCUACUGCCCCUGGCACGCCUGCGGUCGCGGCGCCCACGUCGUUUGCCGUCCCCAUCCCCAUCCCCGUCAGCACCGCCGGGGCCGAGCAGGUGGCGCGCGACGGCGGCUCCGUCCUGGGCGUGGCGGUUGCGUGCGGCCUGGGGCUUCUUGCCAUGUAGAUUCGGCGACGGUGUGGUUUCGGCGAAAAGGGUGCGGUGGUGGGAAACAUGCUCACCCGUUUCUUUUGCGAUAUGGAUACAGACAUGACCGAUAGGGGACUGGUGGACAAAACGGCGCUUGUCAUUAAUUAGGGGAGAUAUCAAACUGGCUAUCUCUUCCGUUUUCGAAGAUGGCUGUUCCCUGCCCCUUCCCCUAACUGUUCAGUAGCGGCGACCUUUAGGUUUUCUUCCUCGAGACGGAGCGUUAUGCUGCCUCCCCUUGGUCGUUCCUCCCGACCCAGGCGCAGUCUCAGAAGCUAGGUUGAAUCCAGCCUCG